UUUGAAUAUGAUGGAUAAUGUUUCAGUCAUUUCUAUGUUUACUCUGACGGGGUUUAACGGCACAGCAAACCACAGAGUCACUCUCUUUGCUCUCACCCUGCUGUGCUAUGGUGUGAUUUGCCUGGCAAACAUGACCGUUAUUGUGACAAUCUGUGUGCACAAAUCUCUUCACGAGCCCAUGUACAUCUUCCUAUGUAACCUGUGCAUCAAUGGACUCUAUGGGACAACAGGUUUUUAUCCAAAAUUACUCAGUGAUCUUUUGUCUUCCACUCAUGUCAUCUCUUACAGUGGAUGUCUCCUGCAGGGCUUUGUGGUGCACUCUUCGGUUUGUGCAGAUAUAACUCUUCUAGCAUUAAUGGCCUUUGACAGAUAUGUGGCUCUGUGUCAGCCUCUGACAUACAACUCUGUGAUGACGAAGGGAAGAAUAUGUGUCUUUCUGUCCAUCGCUUGGCUUGUACCCAUUUAUCUGAUGUUGCAAGGGACAAUAGCAACAUCAUUAGCACGAGUGUGUGGCUCACAUAUACCAAGAAUCUACUGUAUUAAUUAUUUUGUCAAUAGACUCGCUUGUACUGCCUCAUUAGCCAGUGUUGGUGUUCCGGCGUUUAACUACACCAUUUAUGCGCUGUAUUUCUUUUCUAUUGUGUGGUCUUACAUCCACCUGAUCAAAGAAUGCAUCAUUUCCAGUGAGAACAGAAGCAAGUUUAUGCAAACAUGUCUGCCACAUCUGUUCUGUCUCACUAUCUUAUUUGUAAGUAUGUCUUUUGACUUGAUGUUCAUACGAUUUGGCAACAAGAGUAUAUCACACCACGUCGGGAAUUUUAUGUCCAUUGAAUUUCUUGUCAUUCCUCCCAUCUUCAACGCCCUGAUAUACGGUUUGAAGUUGACACAAAUAAGAAAAAAGAUCACGCAAUUUUUCAUCAGAAAGAAGUAAAGUUCAUGUUGUAUGUCGUCGUCUGCCUUGUUGAAGUGCAAG